AUGGCGAUUCCCAUCCCCGCCCACUGGUGCUGGCCGCCGCCGGGCAGCUCUGUCAGCACGGACGACACAACGCCGGCGGCGAUGCGACACGGGCUGGAUCCGGGCACGCUGUCCCUCUACCAGAACACCGUGCUCGGGUUCAUCUACGCCUACCUCCCUAAACCGCCUGUCUCUGCCGCCCCCAUUCUCUCCUGCGCCGCCGCCGCCGAGGAAGACGGAGGAAUCGAUCGCAUCAGCGGCCUCCCCGACGACCUCCUCCGCCGCAUCCACGUCCGCCUCCCCGCCAAGGACGGGGCCCGCACCGCCGUGCUCUCCACGCGCUGGCGCGGACUCUGGCUCUCGGCGCCGCUCGUCCUCGCCGGCACCCACUUCCUCCCCCGCGGGGGCGCGGAGGGCCGGCCCCCGCGACCCGGCGCCGUUACGCGCGCCGUGCGCCGCGCCGUCUCCGCCGCUCUCCGCUCGCACCCCGGGCCGUUCCCCUUCUGUUAG